AGCCGUUUGUGGCCCCAUGGCAGGAGCAGGAGCUCCCCCCCCCGCUUGCAUGUCAUGUCCUCCCCCAGCAUGGGGCAGCGCGCCCGCAUGUCCCAGCAGGUACGGGCGUGGGCCGCCAGCGUGUCGAGCUCCACGGAGCUCACGCUGCGCGUGUCUGGCAUCCGCGGAGUUCACGAAGGCAGCUCUGCAGCAGGUGAUACGCAACAAGGGCUUCGCGGACACGUAUGACUAUCUGUACCUGCCGCGGUGCUACUCGUCGCGGGCAUGCGCCGGGUGUGCAUUCAUUAACAUGGUCACCGAGGAAAUAGCUUGGCAGUUUAUCGACAGCAUGGAGGGCAUCGCAAUGCCAGAUGGUUCUGUUUUGAGCGUGAGGGUGGCAACAACGCAGGGGCUCGCAGAGAACAUGGUGCGGUGGUGCCGCCGCCACUCUCACCGCGUCCGCGAUGCAGAGGUUCUGCCAUUCGUUCGGGCGCUCCACACGCUGGGGAUUGUCCAUCCGUCUCAGGUG